UAUUUUUUUAUUUUAGUUUUCUCACUUGCUCUUUAAUGGAUAUAUACAUUUCCUUAUUUAGUUUCAUUUUCAUUUCCUUAUAAAAUUCAAACCAGUCUUUGAUUCCUCCUCCUCCUCUCUCUCCCUGUUGUGGUUUUGGGUUUGUCUCUGAUUUUUUUAUGGAAUCAAUGUCAGAAGAAUGAACGGCUAGAAGAUCAAACCAGAUUUCCCUCUGUUACUUUUAGAUACUCUUACACCUUGGAGAACUGUGUGUGUAUGUGUGUGUGCUUUUAUUUAAGCUGUUCGAAGUUCUCACUUUUCUUUUUUUUUUCUUUCUGUUUCUGUGAAACUUGGGGUCUUGUUCCUUCAACUGCAGAUACUGUUCAACGAACAAAUUCUGCUGAUUCUUGUGUGUUUUUUCAAAACACCCAUUUCUUCAUUUGUUGUUAAAAAGCCUGGAUUUAUGGACUGGGUGUUUAAACCAACUAGUAGGAACAAGGAUUCCAGCAAUGUCCCUAUUGUUAGAUCAAGUUCAAUAAGAGGAAAGCAGAAUAGUACAACUACUACUACAGGGGAUUAUUCAGUUGAUUUGAACCACCAAUGGCAAGAUCCAAGGGUUACAAUAGCAUCAUCUUCGUCUUCAACACUACCAUCUAAAAAGGCUAGAACACCUCCUAGUAAUGAAGCACAAAUUCCAUCUUGUUUGGUUGAUGGGUGUACUGCAGAUCUUAGUUUAUGCAGAGAUUAUCAUCGGAGGCAUAAAGUUUGUGAGGCUCAUUCUAAGACUCCAAUCGUUUUGAUUAAUGGUCAAGAGCAAAGAUUUUGCCAACAGUGCAGCAGGUUUCAUUCCUUGUUGGAGUUUGAUGAUGGAAAGAGAAGCUGUAGGAAACGCCUCGAUGGGCAUAACCGACGGCGACGGAAGUGUCAUACAGAACCCUUGAAUUCUGGAAGUAUAUUCUCAGAUAACCAAGGCAACAGUUAUUUGCAAUUCAGUAACCCACAAUUAUUUCAAUCAACUACAGCAGGGAGUUCAAGGCACACCAUGACAGCAAAGGAUGAUACAGAUUUGUAUGGCAGAGGUCAGUAUGGUGAUGGACAAAACCAAAUUCCUAGAUCAUUCUCUUGCAAUUUCAAUGGAGGGAAACAAUAUCCCUUCUUUCAUGGUGACGAUCCAGCACUGGUAAACCAUGUAGGGAUACCUACAAUUCCUUUCAGCCAACCCCAUAAUACAGGUGCCACCUAUUCGCAAAGUAGCAAAGCUGGAAAGAAAGUUCUUUUCUCAGAUGGGUUUAAUGAUAGAGUAGUUCUCGACUCAAAUAGUGCUUCCUCUCUUCUGUCAUCACCACCAACACAACCAUUGAGUCGUCAAAGUUCAGGAUUCGGUCAGGCUGAUAUAGUACACACCAACACAAUCCCUCCCAUGGCUCAUCCCUUAGCAGGAGGAAGUUUGCAGCUUGAUGGUCUUCUUGGCUUUGGUAGGUACCAGUCGCAAGGAUUGGAAGGCGAGCCACCUUCUCUCAACUCCUCGCGGUCGCGGGGUAUCUUUCACUUGGGACUUGAUGGGUCAAUGGAGCAUGGGGCUUUCUCUUGGAAGCAGUAAUGGUUGUAUUUUAAACUAGAAUAGCUCGUGGGCUUUCUCUUGUGAUAUGAUCAAGAUCUUGAAAGAAUCAAUUCUACUUUCCUUUUAGAAAUUUGUGUACUAAACUUGUCUUCACACUAUCAUGCCUGCAGUUUCUCAGUUUCAUUCUUUGCUUCUCUAA